AUGGCAAACCAACAAUUACCUCCUCCGCGGCGUCGUGGGGAUCAUCUGUUCGAGCGAUGGGGUGUCAAGCUCCUUGAGGACGGCAACGGUGUCGUCUCCUCCGGGUUGAUUCCCAUAUUCCCGUCUCUUCACCAACCGUUCGGCCUCACCGAAGACCUUUGGUGGACGCAUAAGCGAGCGUUGCAGGAGGCGGCUACACGCACGAACCCGAUGCCAAAGUCCUUACCGAAGCCCACGGGCGUGCAACUGGACGAAUUGUUCUUUACCGAGCGGUGGCAGCAGACCGCUCUUAAUGGGGUCAGAACAUGGGAGCUUUCUUCCCUCAAUCAGGGUAUCAUAGGAACAAGUUACUGGCAGGAGGUCCUCAUGGCGGACCUCUCAAUUUUGCCAAUUCCCGACAUCACGGUUACAGUUGAGCAAUUCCCCGACAUCGAUCUCGUUAACGUGGACGAAAGCAAGUGGAACAAAGUCUUCGGGCGGGGCCGCUGGUAUGAUUUGCGGGGUGUGGUGUUGGAAACGGACGCCAACGGAAACCCUACAAAUACUCGAGAUUGGAGUGUAGACGACGACGCCAUCUGGGAUGGACUGCGGACCGUGAUUGAGAUGGCCAACAGGAUUCUGCAUCACGUUAUUUACGGCGACUGGCUCUACGCACUCCUGGAGGGAACCGUGGCUCCAAUUUCAAAUGUUAUGCCGUUCGUGCCAGGAUCGAAUGAUUACUUCAAUAUGCCCAAGCGGAUGUUCUCGCCCGGUGAGAAUGGAUCAGGAGGGCUCAAGCAGCCCGACCAGCGGGUUGCCCAACGGUUAUGGCACCAAAUUGAGAGCUUGUCAGAGUGGAUUAUCUGGUCCUUCUUCGAUCCGCGCGACGUGGACAAGUAUGGGUCAGUGAGCAAGACGGGUGUCACAGCUGGCUACUGCGACUCGGCAAUGUCGCGAACGAUGAUGGAGAAGCCUUGUGAUCCCAGGACCCUUCCAAGCCCGGGUGACCCUGAUAUUUUCACCGAUAUCAAAAUCAACACUAUGCUUCUCGAAUCUGUACUCAACGUCUCGAAUACCCCAGAGGAAGUGGCUGCCAAGCACACCACGCGGCUCCAGUUAGCGCUUGUAAUGGUACACGAGCUUAUGCAUGCACUUUAUCAGGCGAGAGUUUACGUCAAUUCUGGCAGGGGCACGUGGGAGCAUGAACCGACUUACCAGGACGAGAACUCAGUGGAACUGGGUUGGUCACAGGAACAUUCUCUUCUUGGCACCGUGAGAACGAUUGGACCCAUCAACGUCUUUAUGCCUGACAGCGAAUUCCUCUCUCGGGCUGGCCCUGCGUUUACGGUUGCAAGCUCGUGGCUUAAUGACCCGCGGCAACGCGAAAAAGGCAAAGAAUUGACGGAUAUGAAUAAUGGCAUGCCUCGCGGUCUGCCGGAGAGAAGUAUGGUUCAGCUGGGACCGCUACCUACAUACUGGUGUUCUCGGUUCCAGUCCCAGAGUUUCUGGGAUGCCCACGUUGCUGCAUACGGGCUAGGUGCCCUCAAAGCCGGGCCGGUGGUCACCAGUCACUCACGGUAUUACAAUGCAGCCCAUAUGCGAACGUACCACGCCAGGAAACACGUGCAACCGGGACUGUCGCGUCACCAACCGAUACCACCAGGUCAGUUGCAGAGAUUCCGGCUAGAGGAAGAGCAGACGUACCAGUACAUGGAGUUCCGCAGAAAGCUCUGGAAAAGCCUGCGGCCUUGGUACAAGCAGUCUUACCGGCUCUGGCAGAAAACCCCGUACUCGUUCGGCUAUCUACGCUUGUUGAUCGACAGGUUCAGACAGGCGGUCGAAGAACGGAAACGUACCGAUGCGGAAGUCAUACUCGGCACCUACAGCGGUUACCUCGCGGUCCUCGCCAGGGAUAUGAGUACCCCUUAUCCUGUACCCCAUCCUGCGCCCCCCAAUGUUAACGCAUUGUGGUAUUUCGAAUUCGACCGUCAUCCCGCCCUGUGGCCCUUUGUCAUGCUCGAGAUCAUGAUGCAUGCCUCUCUUCCGUAUGACUGGUUGAUUGCCCUGAGGAAGCAGGCGGCACCACCACCACCACCACCACCCCCGCCUCAAAGGACAGCUUCUAAACGCAGGCGGCCGCCAGGUCCUCCCAAAGAAUACCUCCAAAACCGCUGGUUCCCCAGCCGCCACGCCCAAGCAGCCGGUACCUUCUUCCGCUACCCUCCCUACUGGAGCCGCGACAAAGACCCUGGUCCUCCCAAACCCGCUCCCGGUACGCUCAACGCAGACGUUACCGACCCCGGCAGAAUCUUCAAGCCCAUGUUCAGCCUCGAGAUGGCCAAGCCCGACAGGCUAGCACCAUGGCCUUCACCCAGCAGGAUAUCCUCCCUCUACCACGCCCGCUGGUCCAUGCUCUGCGCGGUCGAAUCCCCCCGCAUCCGCUCUCCGAUGCAGAAAUACCCCGUUCACAAGAAAGUUUGGCAAGCGCUCAUCGCGCAGUACAAGUCCCUGGUCUUACAAAAUAAGCAACUCGGUAACAGCAAUAGUAACGGGCAGUGGCUCGAUUUCAACUUUUCUUUCCCGGCCUACGAUGAAACGGACCAGUUUGUGGUGUUGGAUCGGUUCAUACGCCCCAUGCCUCCUGGCCAGUGGGCCAGAUCGGGAUUUAGUGGCAAGGAUUGGUACGAGCAAGGGUAUGCUGAUCCGGAUAAGUUGACGGUUGCGAUGAGGAUGGCGGGAGAGCCGCAUGAUCUACCCGAGGUUUAUUUGCCUAGUGAGGAUGAGGGCGAUGGCGACCAGCCGGAGGUUUGGCAGAGGUGGUGGCCUGUUGUUAAUCCACCUCCGGCGGGGGAUGUUGAUAUGAUGGAUGUUACUCCUUGA